AUGACAAUGACAGUGACAGUUGUCAAUUGAAGAAAAACAAAACAUAUUUUUUUGAUUAAAAAAGAAAUAAUGGUCGAAGAAGCAAAAAAAUACCUCCAAGAUAUUUUGGGAAGAGUCAAUGGUUUGCAUUGUAUAUUAAUAACAGACAGAGACGGUGUCCGAAUGUUGAAAGUUUCCAAUGACAAAACCCCUGAACAAGCCAACAAACCAAAUUUUAUAUCAACUUUUGGCUUAGCCAUAGAUCAAGGAAGUAAGCUAGGACUAGGGAAGACCACUACAUUGAUCUGCACAUAUUCUCAGUACCAAGUAGUCCAGAUGAAUAAGUUGCCUUUAAUAGUAACAUUCAUAGCCAGUGAUAGUUGCAAUACAGGACAUAUUUUAGCUUUGGAGAAACAAAUUGAUGGUAUAGUGUCUGAUUUAGCGUUAGCUGUGACUGAAUCCUAAUUAAGAAACAAAUUUAUUCUAUAUCGUCAGCUUACUGUGAAAAAUGCAUGUCCAAAAUACCCGAUUUUACAGGAGAGACAAAAACCAACUGUGUAUAACUUGACUUGAAUACAACAAAAUUCACGGUUUUAGUAAUAAAUUUAGUUAAUCACCAAAUGAAGUGUCGAUCUAACCUAGGCAUAUUGACCUGUUUGCAAUAAAAAUAUUUUUUAUUUUAUGAACAGCAAAAAAGCAGCCAUACAUUUGAACAGUUUGGCCUCACAAGAGAAAACUUAUGCAGAUAUCAUAUGGUUGUCAAAAUUAACGGACUUAUUAGAAGAAAACAGAGUCAUACCUACGUAGCUUUUGGAUAAUACUAACAAAUGCCAUCAAAAGUCUACAAUUAGGACUUACCUAAAUAUUUUGGACUCACGCAUUUUUCACAGUAAGCCAACUAUAUGUUUGCUUUGAAAAAGUUAAUUUUCCAAACAUAAAUUUAAUAUUAUGAACUUGUGUAAGUUUUUCUAUAUUGUAUAUUAUUUAGUGUGUCUGUACUUUUGUGUCAAAAUUAGGUAUUUCUAGUAAAUUGCUUUCUAUUAAACAAAAAUAAUACAAUUUUUAUAUUGAAAGCAUUAGUGGUAGACUUUUAUUACUAUUAUUUUGUUUCAUCUUUCUGUGGCCCCCUUUUGUCCAUGUUAGACUCCCUCUCUUCUUGUAGGCCCCCCUUUGGCCAUGUUAUAUUCCCCCUUCGUCCUGUAGGCCUCAGUUAUCCAUGUUAGACUCCCUUGCCUUCUUGAAUGCAUCACUUGACUGUUACAUACAUCCCUCUGUAUCUUUACAUGUUAAUUUUACAGUAUUAGUACAAUAAUGAAAUUCUAAAUAAAAACGGGUCUUGAGGUCUGGUACUAUACUCCCUGCGAUCUCUACAGGGAGUCUACUUAUUGCAUACUGCUACUUUACAUGCUCUAUUUUUCUAUGUCAUUGUACCUCUUGUCUCCCCCCUUUUCAACAAGCCGUUAUGCAAUCAGAUAGUUUAAACUGUUAAUACCCUAAUGUUAACAUCAGAUAUUAACACCCUAAUGCCCCUUGUUAGACCUGCCAUGUUCUAUUUUUCUAUCAGUGAGCCUCUUCCUCUUUUCAACAAGCUGUCAUGCACUCACCUACCGACCUAGCUUAGGCUGUUUAUGUUAAGGUGCUACAUGCUAAGGCCCCUUUGGUUAUCCAUUCCCCAAUCCCCAGUUCUAGAAUAUUUACUUUCCAACAACCCGUCAUAUUGUUGCCAUCCAACUAGCCGCUCUUAAGCUGAGUGACUUAGUGAUCUAUUUUUCUGUUUUGCUCUCCACAUAAUUAUGAAUUUGUAUGAAUUCUGAAUGAUUCUCAAGAUUAUCGCGCUAAGUAUACACUUACUAAGCUCGGGUAUGUAUGUGUGUUAAUAAAUAUAAGUCUUGUAAAAUAAUCGUUUAUUAAUAAUAAUAAUAAUGUAUAUAAAAAUGUAUUUCACUUAUACAGUAAUAUAUUUUGUAAUAUUUUA